CCCAUGCUGAAAAAGAAGAUGACUACUGGGACUCUGUACUCUUGAGUGAUUAGACCACGAUAAAUGCCUUUGGAACUGAUGGCUUCAAAAUGGUAUGGCGUUGCACAGGUGAAGAGUACAAAGAAAAAUGCAUGGUGCCUACUGUGAAACAUGGUGGUGCCGGUGUCCUUCUGUGGGGCUGCAUGAGUGCUGCUGGUGUUAGCUACAUUUCAUUGAUGGUGUCAUGAGUUCACAGAUGUACUGCUCUAUAUUGAAAGAGAAGUUUUCCAACAUGACAAUGAUCCAGAACACAUCGAAGGCCACUGUUGCAUUUCUGA